AUGGGUAGACUUCAAGGCAAAACUAUUUUCAUCACUGGUGCUUCAUCUGGUAUUGGUGAAGCAAGUGCUCGCCAAUUCGCUCAGGAAGGCAGCAACUUGGUCUUGACCGCUCGUCGUGUAGAGAAGCUGGAACAACUCAAAUCAGACAUUUUAAAGGCGCAUCCCAAGAUCCAUGUGCACGCUGUUCAACUGGAUGUACGUGACAAGAAGCAAAUCGACACCGUAAUUGCUGAAUUACCUGCAGAAGUGAAGGAUAUCGAUGUCUUGCUGAACAAUGCUGGUAUGGUCAUUGGCACUGAUCCUUUGGUCGAGGUGGAGGAAGCUGUAGUGGACCAAAUGUUGGCUACUAAUGUCAAGGGUCUUGUCUUUUUGACUCAAGCUGUUGUUCCCCGCAUGAAGGAACGCGGUACUGGCCAUGUCAUUAAUAUUGGCUCUGUUGCUGGUAAGCAAGCCUAUGCUGGUGGCAGUAUUUAUUGUGCUACCAAGUUUGCUGUGGAUGCUAUCACCAAGGCUUUGGCAAUCGAGUUGGUAGAUACACCUAUUCGUGUCAGUCAGAUUUGUCCUGGUUUGGUCAACACUGAAUUCUCAACCAUUCGUUUCCGUGGUGAUAAGAAAAAGGCUGACUAUGUGUACAAGGGUUUGCAGCCUUUGGUUGCUGAGGACAUUGCUGAGCUCAUUGUUUUUACUGCUGGUCGUCCUGCCCAUGUUAAUAUUGCUGAUAUGCUUGUUUUCCCUGUCAACCAAGCUGAUUCAAAGACAGUUUACCGUCGCCCUGAAUAG